GUUGACGAAAACAGCGAGUCGAGACUCGCGCUCUCGUUCCUAUGCGCGCAGUCGAGCAUAGGCGUAUAUAUGCGGUCCCGUGACUCACCUCUCGUUGUACACACACAAACACCGUGUGCGUAUGUACGCGCGCGAGUUUCCUAGCGCCGCUGCGUAAAGGCUGGUUAAGGCCGCACGCUGCACAAAAUCGCAAAUAGACUCGCUGCCGUCGCGACAGCACAGAGGCAGACGUCCACGUUCGUUCGUUCGUCGUGCGUGCAUGCGUACGUACGUACGUCGUACGUGAGGAAGCUCUCGCGGAGAGAGCCUUCAUGUGACACGUAUACACACACGCUCGCUCACUCUCCUCGCCACCAUAGCAGCCGUAGCCGCGCGCAGAGAGGAGCCGUCGAGAGAGAGGAGUUCUCGAGAGCGUGUUUCGCACGCGCAUGUUUGAGCCGCGAGCGAGACGCCCGCUCAUACACCACCGCUCGGACCACUUUUGCAUGGUGCACAUAUUGUAAGCAAACAUGCCUCUGUUUGGAAAAUCUCAGAAGAGCCCGGCGGAAGUGGUGAAGGCUCUGAAGGAGGCGGUAAAUGCGUUGGAGCGCGGCGACAAGAAGGCGCAAGAAGACGUCAGCAAGAAUCUUGUGCACAUUAAAAACAUGCUGUACGGCACGGCCGAGACGGAGCCGCAAGCGGACAUCGUAGUGGCACAAUUAGCGCAGGAGUUGUACAACAGCAACCUAUUACUUCUGCUUGUGCAAAAUCUGAGUCGUAUCGACUUCGAGGGUAAGAAGGAUGUCGCGCAGGUUUUCAACAACAUUCUGCGGAGGCAAAUCGGGACUAGAUCGCCCACAGUAGAGUACAUAUGCACCAAACCUGAAAUUCUCUUUACGCUUAUGUCUGGUUACGAACACCAAGACAUCGCGCUCAAUUGUGGCACUAUGUUACGGGAGUGUGCGAGAUACGAGGCAUUGGCUAAGAUUAUGAUUUAUUCGGACGAUUUCUACAAUUUCUUCAGAUACGUUGAAGUCUCUACGUUCGAUAUCGCAUCCGACGCUUUCUCUACGUUCAAAGAAUUACUUACGAGGCACAAGAUACUCAGCGCCGAAUUCUUAGAGAUAAAUUACGAUAAAGUUUUCUCACAUUAUCAGAGGUUACUCAAUUCGGAAAACUACGUAACACGACGACAGAGUUUAAAGUUGCUGGGUGAACUGCUGCUCGACAGACACAAUUUUACUGUCAUGACACGAUAUAUAUCGAAUCCAGAUAACUUAAAGCUGAUGAUGAACAUGCUAAAGGAGAAAUCUCGUAAUAUACAGUUCGAGGCUUUCCAUGUUUUCAAGGUAUUUGUCGCGAAUCCGAACAAGCCGAAACCGAUCCUGGAUAUAUUGCUCCGCAAUCAGGAAAAGCUGAUAGAGUUCCUGACGCGCUUCCACACGGACCGUUCCGAGGACGAGCAGUUCAACGAUGAGAAGGCGUAUCUGAUUAAACAGAUCAAAGAACUUAAGUCUGUACAUGAUAAUUAAGUCAAAGAAAAUACAAUUAUUGCUACCGCUAUGACUAACUAUCACUAUAAUUAUUAUUACUAUCGAGUCUACUGCUGCUGUUGCUAAUUGCGGUUUUAUUACUAUUACACAGUUAUAAUUUAUCGUCGUCACUUUCAUCGUUAUUACUAUCAUUAUCGUUGUCGUCGUCAUCGUUCUCAUCAUCAUCGUCAUUAUUAUUAUUAUAUUAUUAUUAAUUUUAUUUGCGAGUAGCACUGUAAAUAAAGAUUAAAUUUAUCUUUUAUUGUAUCAUACGCACAUAAAUCAAGUUAUCAUCGUUGUCAGUGUUCUGCCACGUUUUUAGGAAUGAGUCGGUUAUUAAAGCAGAAUGAAAACUUAA